GGAAAGAACAGUAGAUGAAUGUUGGAGAACGUCCUGAUCACAUCGAGAAAGGAGAUCUCGUCCUGUUCUUGUUUAAACACAUUAUUGGAAUCACCAUCGUCAUUAUUUUGGCAGCCACUCGUUUUGUCACUCAUUUGAGAGUAUUCUUAAUCUUAAAGCAUCUCGACGAAAUACCAACUUCCUUUCUGUCGAAACAGCUUCAUGACAACACUCCCACUCCAACUCUAUCCAGUUAGUAACUCACUCAUUCUACGAGAAGGACUUUAGGCUUGAUGCGUAGCCUUGAAACAAGUCAAUCAAGCGGAUCGGAAAGUCCGCGUAUAUCUCUUGGAACUCCUCCUCGUAGUUCUAGUCCUGAAAGUGAUACAUUGAGUCCUCCACUCUCAUUUGGCUCUUUGAAGCGAUCACUUCAAAAUCGAAUUGUACCACCGAAUUUAGUUGGGAUUUCAGAGGAGGUAGCAAUGCAGAAGUUUGUUAAGAUGUCCCCAACUAUGAAGGUUUUGGGCAAAGGCAAAGGCAAGGGCCUGGAACUUACUACUUUUACUCAAUAUGAAGCUGUUCCUCAGUUGGUCGAUACUUCUAUUCCGUUGAAAGAAUUUGAAAUUGAUACUACCGAAACGAAUGAACAACCUAUAAUCAUGGUAAAGCGUUCCACCAGUGUGGGAUCACAAUCUACUCCCGGUAAGAGACCAAAAGUCAAGACAUACAAGCCCUCUAAAUCUUCAGAGAACAAAGAGGGGCGCAAGUUCAAGCAGAUUGAGAACGAAAAUGACGACAUUUUUGACGACGCAUUUGUUGAAUCACAAACCUAUGCAGAUACCUACUCUAAUUUCAACACUGCGCCGUCAACACCAACAAAGCGUUUAUCAGCGGCUGAGAAGUUUGAUAUGGAUGGUUCGCACGACACUAAGCCCGAAUUUCCCACUGGUACAACUAUUCACGACUUUGGUGCGUUGCCCGAUCAUCUUCGAGGCCCUUGCCUUGAAGUUAGUCCUAGAACCAGCGUUUUGGAUGGCCCAUCUGCUGUUCCGAACAUAGAUAAACUUUUGUCUAUGAAUAAGCGUGAUAGCUCCUUGGAAGCAUCACUCAUGAGACCUCUCGAAGCGGUGCCUGAAGGAUCGAUAGCAAAAUCGCCAUUGUCAGAGGUGCCAACAGAAGUUGCGGAAGAUAUCAUCGGACAAUCAGACGGUCCCGCUCAAGUUCCAUGUGUUGCAGCUAUUGAACCAAAUGUUGGUGGCGAUUCUCCAAUUCCAGAGUUACCCGUCGACCCAACUGCAAAAGAUAAAAAGGAUAAAAAGCGUACACAUAAAGUCAUUAAUAAGUUUCGAUCGGAAGUACGGAAGGGUAGAUGUCGUUUCCUAAGAACACCUGUCCUGGUGGUAGUGCUAGGAAAAGAGCUUUCGAAACCAACCAAAGUAGCUAUACAAAAUAUCGCAAACGGAUUGCCUUCAGGAAUUGGUGAUGUAAAUCUCCUUCCCGCGUGACAACGAGGGGUGUCUUUUAAUUGGAGAACUGAGGUUAAUGAAAACCCUAAGAUGCAACCAACACUAGAGCCAUCGGCCUCGCUUCUUACACUUGAACAACUUUCGCCUACUCCAGUAGCAGAGGACCGCUGCUGCCCUGAGAGUCCUACUUCUUCGUCAAGUAGCUAUUGCUGUAGCGAGUAUUGGAACUGAUAGUUUGAUAAUGGCUGGGAAGAUAGAAUGGCGUGUUGAAAUGGAUAUUGUCAUACACCCUAAUACGAGGGACCUUUGAACCUGUUCAAUGAUCUCCAAUGAUGAAUCGUGAGACGUCCUAGAUGAGAUUUUUACCUCAAAUAACCUAUA